AGGAUCUGGCGUGGCUGAGGUUUCCAAGGCUACUGCAGCCACACUUCCAGCUGGGACACGGCCGCUUUUGGGGCCAUUUUGUAGAAUUUUUAGUGUUUGGUAAAGCCACUCGUGGCUCAGGUUGUGUGGUGGGGGGUGGGAAAUUGAGGAAUUAUUUGGCACAAGCCUUGCAGGUGGCGGGGUUUGGGAAAUGCGAGCUUUCCUAAAGAACUCAGAGCGGUGUUUCCAGCUGAAAUCCGACACCACAACCAUCGGGAGCCACAGAGGGGCCGACAUCGUCCUGCAGGCCGCAGGUGUAGCAGAUCUUCACGCAGCCCUGGAAUUCUCCGCCUCAGACAACAGCUUCAUCCUUCAGGACUUCAACUCCCCCCACGGCACCUUUGUCAACAGCUGCCAGGUCCAAAACGCGGCUGUCAGGGUGAGCCCGGGGGAUAUCCUGAGUUUCGGCACAGCGGGAGUGUCCUUCGAGCUGGUGCUGGAUGGGGCUGCCCAGGUAGGGCUGGGGAUGCCCAGGGAAGGUGCUCAGGGAAGGGUUGGAUGCUCUGGCCCAUGGAAGGAUGCCCAGAGAAUGUGCCCAGGGAAGGGUUGGAUGCUCUGGCCCAUGGAAGGAUGCCCAGAGAAGGUGCCCAGGGAAGGGUUGGAUGCUCUGGCCCAUGGAAGGAUGCCCAGGAAAGGUGGGUGGGUGGGUGCUGUAGCUCAGGGAAGGCUCCAGAAGCAGAAAUUCACUCAUCUGGUUCAUCUGGGAGAUCCUGAGGAAAGGUGCCGAAGGUGGGUGUCAGGAAAAUCCACAAACUCCAGAGGUUUAUGUCCAAAAAGGAGAGGAAUCCGUCAUCUUUAUGGCAGCUUCCCCCCAGCUCCCUGGGCAGGGGGACCCCCAGAGCCCCCGGCCACGAGCCCCAUCUGCCUCUGCCAAGGCGACCUGCGAGUGCCCAGGGCAGGAGCACGGCCGGUGCCACCUCUCUGGACACCUUCAGCAGGACCCCUGCGGCGAGGCCAGGGUGAGAAGCUGCUGGAGAAGGAGAUGGGUCACCUUUUUGGUUUGGACACAAAGGGGAGGGAUGUGGUGAUAAGAGACCUGCAGGAGGAGAUCGCAGCCACGGCAAAGAAACUGGCCCAGGCAGCAGUGAGGAGCGAGGCUGAGCUGACCCAGAAGCUGCUCACCCUCAACCGAGAGCUGGGAGCCCAAACAGAGGAGAUCAAAGCCCUGAGGGAACAGGUCAGUGACCUGCAGAAAGGCUCAAACCAGGUUUUCAGCCAUUCCCUUCAUGAGAGAGACCUGGAGAUCGGGAGGCUGCGGAGAGAAAGUGAGAAGUUGAGGAGGGAGCAGGCUUUGACUGCAGGUCUGAUGAGCAACAUGAAAAGGGAGCUGGUGCAAAAGGAGCAGAAAAUCCAGCAGCUCCAGCAAGGGACCAAAAAACUGAUCAAGGAAAAGCAAGAGAAGGACAAUCAGCUGGCUGUGGUUUCAGCCAAGUGCUUGAGAAUUAAAGAAGAAAUAAAGUGUGAACUCAGAGAGGAGGAACUAAUCUCCUGCAGAAAUCGCAUCGAGGAGCUGGAGCAGGACCUGGAGGGGCUGAAGGGGGAGAUCCAAAAGCACGAGAGUGUCCAAAAGCAGCUGGCUGAGAAAGCCAAGGCAGAGGAGGAACUGAAGGCAGCCUGGUCCCAGCAGGCGGAGCAGCUGCGGGAGAUGGGGCACAGGGAGCGCCUGCUGAGGUGUGAGCUGCAGAGAGCUGGGGAGCAGCUGGAGUCCUUCAAGACCCGAGUGAUGCAAGUCUGUUCUCCAUCAGCAGCUGGCAGCACAGGGGAGUCUGUAACAGAGCAGCAGGUGAUAGAGAAGGUCAGGCAGAUCUCUGAUGAGAGCCAACUGAGUCACGAGAGAGAGAAGAGUCUGCAGAAGGAAUUGAGCUCCAAGCUCGCAAAGGAGGAGGAGGUGUCAGCAAACAUCGAGGUGUUCAAGAACUCCCUGCAGAAGCUCCAGGCUUGCCUGAGGAGCUCCUGCAGCAGCUCCAGCCUGAGAGGGGAGCUGGGGCAGCUGGAGGUGUUGUGCCUGGAUCCCUCUGUCUCAGCCAUCAGGACAGCAGUGGUGGACAUGACACGUGGUCCCCUGGCCUGGCUGGAGGGUGCAGAGCAGCUCCUGGACAGCCUGGGGAUGGACCUGCACACCUCUGGCAAAGGGCUGUUGGCUGCUCUCGAGAGCUUGUCAGAGAAGAUGCAGGAGAUGGCACAGAGCAAUCAGAGGUUGCAGGAGCAAUUAGAGAAGCUCCAGGAGCUGCAGGCAGAGCUGCUGCAGGAGCACACAGAGGAGCUGGAAGCUAAGCAUGAGCAAGACUUAGAGAUAAAAAUCCAGCAAAUCAUCCUGGAAAAGGACAAGGAGCUCAAACAGAUUCUGGAAAGCGCCGUCGCUGAGGAGAAGGACAAGUGCAAGAAGUCUGUGGAGGAAGAACAGAAGAAGAUCCAGGAGUUGGAAAGCCACCUAAGAAGCAUGGCUGAGGCAACAGCAAAGAAGGCAGAGGAGCAAGAACUGACGGAGGGAAAGCUGAGAGAAGCUUUGCAUGAGCUGAAGAAAAUCACUGCACAAGAGGUGGUGCUACAGCAGCAGGUGCUUCAGCAGGACCAGCAGCUCAGGGCUGUCCAGGAGGAAAACGAGUCACAGAGACAGAAACUGCUAGAAGAUGUAGCAGGAUACAGGGAGCAAAGCAAGCAGCACUCCCUGACCAUCCUGGCUUUAGAGGACAGGCUGCUGGAGGCCACUCAGCAGCAGAAGGUGCUGGAGGAGGAAAAAGCAGCACUUGUGGGAGAAAUAGAAGGGCUGCAGUGUGCUGCCCACAGGUCAGCACCGGGAGCUUGGCCGGGGAUUUGUCCUGCCAUGGAGUCUCACGUUUGUCUGAGGAAACUGCGGGAGGAGCUGGCAGUGGCACAGGGCACGCUCCUGGAGGAGAGGGCAGUCAUCAGCAGGCUCAGCAGGGAGCUGUCAGAAACCAGAGCCAGGAUGUCAGACAUGAGAGGGGAGCUGAGUGAAGAGCAGAAGGUGGAGCUGGAGCACAGCCAGAGGCAGCUGAAACACCGGGAGUGGGAAGUGAACCAGCUCCGGGAGAAGCUAUCCGAGAUGUCCAGCCUCGUGGAGGAGAAGGAUGGGGCCCUGAAAGCAGCAGCUCAGGAGUUAAGCCAAGCCCAAACGCGCUGCCGGGUGCUGAGGGACGCUUCCCAACAAACACUGGAGAGCCCAGAGGAUGCUCCCAGGACACCCCUGCAGGUGGGUGAAGCCUCUCAGAGGGGGAAUCAUCACGGGGAGCACCGAGGCGUGGGAUUGCCAAGAGCGCCCGUGGUGUGCAUGGUAGCAGGAAGGAGGUCUCUGACAAGUCUCUUAUACCCCCACAAAAUCCAUGGAGAUGCUCCCCAGGCUUUGUUCUUGCUCCAAGUGCCCGGUGUCUGGCAGCAAGGCUGUGUUUACCAGACUGGGCAAGGACCUGACUUCUUCCAGGAGCCACCAUCAGACUUGGCUGAGUUCGGUGCAAAAUGCCGAGGCCUCAGGCACGAGGAGACGAUCCAGCGCCAAAAAGAAGGUUUGGCUGAGCUCCGGGAGAGAGUGAAGAUGCUGGAGAAGAGGCAGUGCUCAGGCAAUUUCGAGCCACUGGUGGUCCAGAUGAGAGACUUGCCAGAGAAAAGAAUCCAACAAAGAGGUCUUGAGCUGGAACCUGCACCUGUGUUGGGAGAAAAACUGAAGGCUGGCAAGGCAGGGAGGCAGUGUGAGGUUCCUGACCGUGUUCCUCAUGGGGGCUCGCUCAGGAUCACCAGCUGGGAAGUGGCUGAGGCGACAGACUUGGGUGAGGAGAUGUACCUUGAUGUAAUUGGUGCUCUGGGAAGCCUGGUGGAGAUGAAGGAGCUGUCAGGAAUGCAGCCUCUGCAGCACCUGCCUCAGGAGAGAAGGGCAGAAGUGGGACUGCAGAGACAGAAGGCCCUGGAGCUGUUGUACAAAAAGAUCAGGAACCUCCAGGUUCGCCUGGAAAGGAAAGAAGAAAUGCUGAAAGGUUAUGAGGGAAGUGUGGAACAGCUCAGGCAGAGCCAAGCUUCCCUGAGAAGGUGCCAGGAGGAGAUGUCCAAGCUGGAAGAUGAAGCCCACAGGGAGGCAGAAGAGAAGGCUCUGCUGCGAGAGGCUCUGGAGAGGAUGCAGCUCCAGCUGGACCGGGAGAAGAGGCUGCGGCAAGCGGCCAAGCGGCACAAGCCUGGAGCCACAAAGCCUCUCUGCUCAAGCAAGGCCAAGGAGCACGUGGCUGAUGCUGUCAAAUUGGGAAGCUCACGGGAGCAGCACCAUGGGGACCUUCACUAGGUGUUGGUCUGCAGGAGGAACAGAUCAUCACUCUGGACUCUGAGGGUGGAGCUGGCAUGAGGCCUGGGUGCAUUUUGAGGAGCUCCAGUUUGUAUCCUUGGGCACACUGGUGCCAGUGGACGAUGCUGGACCUUAUUUUCCACGUCCCACAGAAUGUGGUGGGAUUUGUGGCAGUGGAGAAGGUGGGGAGGAUAUUGUCCAGUGUGGAUAUUUGUGUGUGAACACAGCCCAGUGUGAAGUCA